AUGCAAGUUCAUGUCUUUAGUAAUAUCGAUUCUUGCUCCACCUUGGACAUCAGAACCAGCCAAUUCUGUGGUUCUACCUUUCAAACACCAACUGUAGCGAGUAAAUUUCAAACUUUGCAAUUUCAUACUCAUGCAAAUGCCUUUGAUCGUCUGCCAUCGUUAUCAAACAGCUGCAAAAAUGCUAUUAAAAAGGUUUUAUGUAGAUUUAGCUUCCCUCAAUGUGUUCCAACUAACAAAACUGUUAUUUGGUAUAAUACUGCUAGUGUAUGCAGCCAAAUGAAUUCGAUUUGUGGUAAAGCUGCACUUAAUUUUACUUAUAUGUGUGCAAGAUCACCUAAAAUUGAAAGUUUGACCACUUGUGUAUCACCACCCAGAAUGAAUAUGACAGCUGGUAGACCUACUGGUGGGCCUACUAGUGGACAACCAAGGUGUCCAACACUACCACCUAAUAUUAAAUUUCCCAAAUGGAUUUUAAGUGUUCUAUCUAAUCGACGUUUGCGCAGUGCAAUGUCCAUUAAAGCAAGUAUAGGUGGAUUUAAUAAUAUAUCAAAUCAAUGCAUCCAGCGAAGUGUUGAUGCAGUUUGUAGAUCUGUUCCAUAUUGUUCACCUGAUGGUACGAAAUUGCUUCUAAGCAUGAAUGAAAAAACUUGCGAAUCAAGAACUAAUUGCUUACCUACCAAAGGUAAAGAAAUGUUAAACUACAUCAUGGGAUGUUCCGGCUUUCCUGCAGAAAAUAGCCAACAAAUAUCCAUUCAAAAUACUCAAGGCUACAGUGGCUCUGACGUCAACUCUGCUCAAAGGAUAAUAUUGACUCUUAAUUGUUUGCUAUACAUGAUUAUCGUCGUGUUUAUGUUGGUUUAA